AUGAAAUUUCCUUUGCCUUUCUUAUUAUUGAAGUUCGCCACCGAGUGGGGCGUUGGCGUGAGCCAGCUUACUCACGGCGUCUUUCGUCACAUGGUCUUUACGGAUGCCUUAGCCGCUGCCGCAGACAUCAUGUUCGAUCGUCAUCUUUUCGAGAAUGUUACGGAUCUUCGCGCCGGAUCCAAAUGGGAGGGGAUCUUUAAGCAAUUCCACACCGCGAUAAGACAUAGGAUCGCGAGGCCGAGUAGCGCCCUUAAAGGCAAGUUCAAAGCUUUGAGGGAACUCAGCCACCAGAUUUGGCCUGAGGUCGUAGAGGAGCUCGAGGGAAAGAAGAAAGAGAGGAAGGAAAAGAAAGAAGGGAGAAGCAAGCCUGCUGUUUCCGCGACUCCGUUAUCCGUUAAACCGCCUUAUUCCAAGAAGAAGCCGAUGGGAAUUAAGAAGAGAGCGCCCGUGUCCGUUGAUGACGCCGUCGUUGCUUCGAAACCGGCGCCGAAGAAAAGAAAGACCGAGUGUCCAAAGCCGAAGAACUCCCUUUCUCCUCCUCUUCCAAGUUCUUCCAUCGCGUCUCGGACAAAGGCUUCGUCCAGAGCUAGACAUGCGAGAGGGGUCUCAUCUUCUACGGCCGAGAAGGCCCCAAAGAGUGUGAUUAACGUCGACUCUCCUCCUGCCGCGGAACAAGAGAGAUGCAUCUCGUCAAAACGUGGAUGCAUCGCGUCAAGACGGUAUCUGGGGACUCCGCCUUGCGGCGGCGUUUCACCUACUUGA